AUGCCCUACCUACAAAGCUCAAUAAUGGAGAUCCAUGGCCGACUUAGUAAUCUUCAUCAAGAAAUGACAGCUAUGGCACAACACAUGAUGGUUAAUAUGUCCAAUUUCCGAAACAAAGAAGCUGAGACAGCUAGCCUCAAAAAUCAGCUAAAAGAUCUCCAGAUAAGCUUAGAAAGCAUGAUUCAUAAUCAGAAUCAAGCAGAUACAUACUUUAAUCUUCUUGGAAGUAUGCUAUCAGAAAGACCUAUGUAUCAAGGGAUUUCUCUCUGGUUAUCAAGAGCAUUAACGAAUCCCUCUCUCCCAGGAUUCUUAUCAUCCGACGAAGCUUUCACAUCUCGUUAUGGCACAAGUUCAGUUAGUAAUUUUAAAACGAAGACAACUCGGGCAAAACCAAGAAGACAGAAGGACUCAGAAUACCUGGUCAAUCCAACCAAAAGACCAACUCUUACCUCCUCCUCAAGCCAUGAAUCUAUUGAAGAUACAAAGAAAAAAGAAAGAGAUAUCGGGAUAAUUGAAUUUUUGGUGUCCAGUCUGCUCGAUACUCUCAGCAAAACUUCUAGUGGAAUGGCAACUAAAGAACAGGCCCAAGCACCUCAAGUUAGUUCGUCACAGCCAAUCGCGAUGAUCAAUCAUUUCUCUGAUACAAGCUGCAAUAGCUACAAUGAUAAUGAUGAUAGUUCAGACGAGGAGUCUCUCCCAACGCAAUUUGAGAUGGAUUACACACGCCCCAUAUAUCAAGAAAUGUCAUCAAAGCAGUUUGCUUCAAAAGUCAUGAUAUUCGCAUUCUAUGACAUUUCCUUUGAAAAAUGGAAUGAAUGA